AAAAAUGUGCCUGCUGACGGGAAGAAACGCAGUAUUGUUUAAUUAGUACCUGGCUGAUAAGGGCACAAGGUUGUUAUUUUCAGAGUUUUCACUCCGCUGGUGUUUGUACUAAAAGAUGGCGUUGAGUGUGGCGGACAGAGCCAUUGGGGCUAUUAUCGGGGCGGCAGUGGCAGAUGCAGCAGCUCAGCCCAUGCACUGGAUCUACAACCCAGACAGGCUUAAAGAAGUUCUUUCUGAUCUGGAGCCCUAUCCAGAGUUUCGCCCCCAGUCUGCAAAUCCUUUCUACCGCAGAACAACAGGCGAGCAAAGCUGCUACGGAGAUCAGGCUUACGUCCUCCUGGAAUCACUUAGUCAGUGUGGAGAUGUUGAUGCUAAAGACUUGACGAGGCGCAUGUACAAGUUCUUUGGACCAGGAUCGGUGUAUGACCUGCCUCUCAAUGAUCCUUACCGGCAGAAAGGAGGUCCCAAAGCAGUCCUUCCCAUUGACGGCCCAUGGAGACAUGCCAGCCUGAAAGCUUUUAUCAGAAACGUGGAUGCUGGCAAAGAAGGAACCGGCUGUGCUGAGGACUGUCAGAUAGAUGGCAUUGCAAAGCUGGCUCCAGUGGUGGCCAUGUAUGCUGGAAAAGUGGAAAUGCUGGAGAAAGUGGAGAAAGCUACAAGGGUCACUCAGAAUAAUGACAUGUGUGUGGCCAUGACACUGGCUGCAGCAAGGUUCUUGGAGCAUUUCAUUCUGAAUGGCCCAGAUCCUGGUGCUCUGGAUGCAGUACUGACCCAGCUGAGUGACCCAAACCAUCAGAACCCACAAGAGCUGGACAUGGCUGUCAUUGCACAUAUCCACCAGGUGAAGGACAACCUCGCCAAGACAUCCCAACAGCUCAUACCAGCUGUGUUCACAAACACAUGAGCUCUGCCUGGUGCAUUCCAGGGAGCGCUUCAUGGAAUCCUGACAAUGAAUCAACUGGACGAAGCAGUCAGGACCACCAUGCGCUGUGGGGGAUGCACCGCCAGCCGAGCGUCCUUUAUUGGAGCCUGUAUUGGGGCACAGACUGGUGUCCAGGGAAUCUCGCAAUCUUGGAAGAAGAGGACAUUUCGAUACCCGCUACUGCUGCAGCUAGCACAAAAUGUCGUCCAAAAAUAUAAGUUUUAGAUUAUCAUUUCAAUAAUUUGUCUCAAACACUUGUUUUAUGACCUUACAACUUUACUAGUGUGGAUACUUAUUUUCAAGCCUAUUUUUAGUGACUUUCUUAACAGAUGACCUUCGAUGUAGCAGUCUAUGACAGUUUCAUUGUAAAGUCUUGCACAGCAUGAAACAUGAAUCUUUUUGCUCUGUCAAAGGUAAAUUAUGUAAGAAAGACAAAUGUAUUAAAGUGAAAGGCAUAACACGUCUCUCUCUUUAUUAGCUGCAAUGUACAAUGUAACAAAUAAAGAACCUUAAUAAU